AUGAUUCGGGCUUGUGCUUUGCUGUGUCUUGUGGUCUUCCAGGUGGCAAUAGCGAUAGAGAUCGAUGUCGACGAUGUUGAAUCCAUCAAGAAGGCUGCCAGCAUCGCUGCGUACGACAUGGUGAGCUAUUACAAGGGAAAUGAGAGUGGACAGACGCCUGGAAAACUCCCCGAACCUCCAUAUUAUUGGUGGGAAUCCGGUGCUAUGUGGGGGGCAUUGAUUAAUUAUUGGCAUUACACUGGAGACACAACCUACAACGACAUCACAAUGCAAGGGCUUCAGUUCCAGGUUGGAAUAGACAAAGAUUUCAAUCCCCAAAAUGAGAGUGCUGAGAUGGGAAAUGACGACCAAGCGUUCUGGGCAAUGGCAGCUUUGUCCGCAGCCGAGACGAAAUUCCCAAGCCCACCAAAUCCAGGGGAUCCAUCAUGGUUGAGCUUGGCUCAAGCGGUAUUCAAUGAACAGAUAGGCCGUUGGGACACGACUACUUGCGGCGGUGGACUUCGCUGGCAGGUCUAUCAGAUCAACGGUUAUGAUUUGAAGAACUCGAUUUCCAACGGAUGCCUCUUCAACAUCGCAUCUCGACUUGCUCGGUACACUAAUGACGAUCACUACGCACAAUGGGCAGUUAAGGUCUGGGAAUGGAUGGAGGAAAUUGGUCUUAUUGACCAGAAUUACAACAUCGACCAUAACCAGUGGUCCUACAACGCCGCCACUGUACUAAUGGGAGCGUCAACUAUGUACAACUACACAAACGGAGACCCAGUAUGGCGCACCCGAACUCAAGGACUCAUCGACGCCAUCGCACUUGCCUUCUUUCCCGACGGCAUCAUGAAAGACAUAUGUGAACAGUACGACAAAUGCAACACGGACGAACACUCCUUCAAAGCCUACCUCUCUCGCUGGAUGGGCCAAUCCACACAAAUGGCGCCUUUCAUCUACGACAAAACCAUCGCGCUCUUGAAAUCCUCCGCCAACGCAGCAGCAGCGCAAUGCACCGGCGGUUCGAGGGGCAUGACGUGUGGGCUGAAAUGGUUUCUGAAUGGGACUUGGGACGGUAGUGAUGGCGUGGGUCAGCAGAUGGCGGCCUUGGAAGUCUUUCAAUCUACAAUGGUUCGGUAUAUUGGCGUACCUUUGACGAAUUCUACGGGCGGGACCAGUAUCUCGAACCCAAAUGCCGGGCAUAAUUCCUCUGCCGUGCCACCAGCGCAGCGGAUCACGCCGCCGACGAAGGGGGACAAAGCUGGAGCUUGGAUGUUGACAGCUUUCAUUGCCAUCAUGGCGGCAUGGGCUUGUUGGUUCAUGUGCAUUUCGGCAUGGGAGUCGGGCCUUACGGGAGCAGCAACAGCAGGAGCGUUUCGCGAAAAAAUAGCUACGGUGAUGGAUGUGAAAGGGAAGGGUAGAGUUGUUAAGACUGGGGCUCCACGGAAUAAAUGGAUUGGUGUAGACCAUGUAGGGUCACCUAUCCGGGAGGAAAAAAGGGGCUCAAGGUACAGGCAGAGAGACCAUUUUGCGUGA